AUGGCUUUCUUCCUCACCUUUUUCCUCUCGGUAUUACCACUAACUACAGUUGGCCUCGUCACCAACAUCCUCCGCAGCACGGCUGGCGAUAUCCCCAGAAUACUGCAUAUCGUAGGGGCUGGCAACAACCCUCCAGGGCUCCAAGGGCUCUCUGAUGCCUGGCAACAGUUUUUCCCCGAGCCGCUCUACCACCACCACUACUGGGACGUUCUUGGUCCCGAUUCCACGGCUUGCUUCAAGAAGCACUUCCCCUCCUACCUACCGCUCUUCCUCAAACAGCAGAUCUCGGUCCGUAUGGCGUCACUGCGGUACUGUGCCCUCUUCGACUCGGGUGGCGUGUCGGCCGAUCCCGGCAUCGUGGUUCAGCCGGGCUUCCCUCACGACCUGUUGAUGGGUGGUAGAGUGUCCAUGGUUAACCUUCCCCUUGCUGGGACUUCACAGUAUGGUCUCUUCAUGGCCUCUCCACGGGCCCAUCCCCUCUGGCGCCAAGUCAUGCCCCAGGUCAUGCAGUACUUCCAGCAGUACCCUCCCGUGCCUUGCGAUGGUCCUGACUCGUGCGACGUGGCCGACCCAUGCAACGAGGAGCCAUGUGAGAUGCCCUCGCCUGUAGUGGUCACCGCUUCGGUCCCUUGCCAGGGUAGCGGCCCAUGCCCAGACCAGUCCCUAGGCAACGUAGUGUACAGCCAAGUCGCGACGCCAUGCAGUGGACGGGAGCCUUGCGGGGAUACGACAACACCUGUUGUGGUCGCUGCCAACCCUUGCGAUGGUAACGAACCUUGUGACGACUCCGAGCCCACAGCCGACGAUACUAGGCUCAGCACAGCCUCUAACAGUCCGCCAGCAGGCAUGGUCCCUUACGCUGUUGGUCGUGGUAGCAGUGGUGGAGGUACCAGCAGUCCCUCCCUCUCAGGGUCCCCGGCCUUCCAGGUGGUGUCGUUUCCGAUGUCCUCCCUCCUCGAACGAGUCGGAGUCAAGUCCCGCAUGCAUUUCGCUGACUGUUCUCGUGCAGAAUACAUCAUGACCUCUUACUGUAGUUCAGCAACUACUACGGGCGGCGGCGGCGCCACUACGGCCAGGACCGUGCAUGAGAGCCGACAAUACAAGUCCUCUAGUGGAGGAAAUCCAAUACCGCCACCGCUGCCGAGUUUCUACUACUAUCCACCCAUCGGUCCACAUCCCUACCCCAUGAUGGUCCCUCCACCGUUGCCAUAUAUACCCUAUCAAGGGCUCGACUAUUCGCCCAACGGGGCGUCCCUGUCCGAGAGGGCACUAGAGGAUGUCAAGGACAUGGCAGUGCAGUCUUAA